CUGCUUUAGAAACUGUCGGCUGCCAUUUUCAUAACUGAAAUAUAAGUAAUCAAAUAAUCCUUUUAACAUUAAAAUCGUACUUUUAAAUAAUAAUAAAAUAAAAUCCAAACAUGGAUAGAGAAACUCGGAAAACCUUAACCCGGUGCAAAGUAACCAAAAGGAACCUGAGGCCACCGCAAUUGCUGGAAGAACUCGUAGCAACUCAAUUAACGGAAGAACUAAUGGAUAAAUUUCAAAUCACGGGAAAAAAGAAGCAAUACCUGCUGGAAUAUCGAGCAGAAUACGCCAAAGAUAAAAAACUAAAGGCUUUUAAAAAUAGAAUUACACCUUUAUACCCGGUUGUGCCCGCUUUAGACGAUUCGCACAAGAAAGUUCGCGGGUUUGCGGAAUUGUGUCCGACUUAUCAGAUGUCCCCGUUUCAUGAGAAAUGUAUUUUGAAAAAAAUCGUUACUAAAGGUCUCGAAUACAAGUUUCCGAUGACUAUUAAAUCGAUUAUGGACGAAGCGAAAGAGGAAUUUAUUAAAAUCACCCAUUUAGCAGGUGCAAAUUUAAAAGCAAAACCGUGCUCGCCCGAUAAGAAACGAUUCGUCACCGCCCCGUACGUCUAUUUGGGCAAAACGCCACGUUAUCACGUCUAUUUAGCUAACAGAAAAGCAGUCCAAUCCAAGUACAUGCUGCAUUACAAUCUAGUGACGAAAGUAAUAAGAGAAUGCGCUGCUCUACCAGAGAUUCUAUUCAAUUUAAGUGAUUUAAGACAGAAAUCGCACGAUCUUCAAGAGUUGGAUGAUAUAUUUAGUAACUUAGUUAGCGAAUCUGAUAAUUUACUCAGUAAUUUUUAUAAUACUGUUUAUGAUAUCGUUGAGAAGGAUACUACUAGAUUGGGACCGGAGAGAUACAAACAUUUAUUGAAAGUAUGUACUGGAUUACUGUCUGUUUAUAUCAGUCUUGCGAUUCAGAAUACAGUUUUUCACAUACUAGAAGUUACAGGAUCAGAUGAAUUGAUACCUUACAUGCAGCUGUCUCUUAAAUACAACAAAAGCACGUUUUUUAUGUAUCCAAGCCAAAACGAUAUCAUACUCCUCUAUUCCUUAUUCAUAUCGAAACUGGUGGAGAUUGGAAAAAGUUUUCAAACUCUAGAAUCGAUUAAAAUCAAAAACCAUCCGCAAACUAUGAUUCACAUAAACAUAACGGAUCAUUUCCUGGCAAAAAGUUUGGAGAAACUCGGCUACAAUAUCAUACGAAUCUUCGAUCCUGUUGACAUUUAUUUAAGCGAAAUCGGAGACGAAUUCAAAGAGAUGUUCGUUGAAAUUGAACUGGACGAAGAAUCCGAUCAAUAUUUCCAAAAUGGAUGUUUACAAAUCAAACAUUAUCAGAACUAUAUUACGAAGGCAAGUUCAAUGUUGGGUAGCGAAUAUUUUGGUAUUGGACAAUUGAUAUUAUCCGAAUAUGUGGCGUCUAUGAAAGAAUCGUUGUCGAUUAUUAUCGAAGAUAUUUUUUGUAAAUUGUGCGCUAUACAUAUGACCGAAUGCGAGCACAUAUGCGACGAAUUCGAAGCGAUCAAAGCUGAAGCGUUGCGAAGGCCUGCCAAUAGUGAAGAACUAAUAGCUCAAGGAAAAUACAUGCUCAGAGUCAAAAUGGAAAUACUGGGUGAACUUUGCGUAAGAAUCGAAGCCAUGCUGAAAGAUCUCACGCAACUUAUGGAAUUUGGCACGAUAGGAAAAGAUCAUAUGGAUUUAAAUACCCACACGGUACUUUGGUCGCAAAAUUUGGACGAACUGCUGGAUCAAAAUUCUCUGACAUUCGAACAGCUGAAAAUGGAAGCUGAAGACAAAUUGGCGGCUACGAUUGAAUAUGUUAAUGCAGAGACGGACAAAAUGUUGCCGUUGUUACAUAUUUUGGAUGAUAUGGAUGACUUUGAUCGCGCAAGAGAGUACAUCAUUCAAAUAAAGGCCUUCAUGGGUAAGAUCGUGGAACUUCGCGAUCUUAUUUGGUGGAUAAAUAAGGAACAAGUAACUCUGGGUUUCAAAGUGUCCCCGUUUAGUAUCACAGAGGACGUCGAAAAAUUCCUUCUACCGUUCUAUCAUCUACUGCAAAUCUGCGUGAGCAUCAAGAGGCACGUCGAAGUAUGUAUGGACGGACAAUUUGAAUUUUUGGAUAGCAAUUACACCGAAGCGUACAUCGAAGAAACUGUUAAAGAGUUACAGAAGACUCAAAAGGCUUACCGAAUAAGAAUGAAACAAGACGUGAAGACUGGACUUCGUUUUUUCGGCGUGGUCGAGGAUCCGGACAUGAUGAGCUGGCCGGCGCCGUUAAAAAUGAUUGCGCAAGCGCAGGCCGCCAUUAGAGACUUCAGGGAGCCGAUGAUGUUUUUGAAAAUUAUGUGUAACGAUGCUUUAACGAAAAGGCACUGGAAGGAAAUGUCGAGGCUAGCUGGUUUCGAUUUAACGCCAGACGCUGGUACAACGUUGAGGAAGUUCACAGAAAUGGGAUUGGAACCGGAAAUUGAUAAAUACGAUGUAAUUAGCUCAGGAGCGACCAAAGAACGAGAACUCUUCGCAAAUCUCAUCAAAAUGACAGCAGAGUGGGACGAUAUCUUUUUCAACAUCGGACAGUAUAAAGAUUCCGGCAGAUAUAUUCUUACCGGGUUAGACGAUGUCCAAAUCAUUUUGGACGAUCAUAUAUUGAAAGCUUUGAUGAUGCGUGGUUCCAUUUAUGUCAAACCCUAUGAAGUUGAAGUGGGAGCGUUUUAUGAAAAACUGGUUAGAAUCAAUAGAACUAUCGAUGUUUGGGGUAAAGUACAGGUGCAGUGGCUUUACUUGCUGCCGAUUUUUUCGUCUAAAGAUAUCGUUGCUCAAAUGCCUGAGGAAGGAAAUUUGUUUAAAGAGGUAAAUGACUUGUACAAACGGUACAUGGACGUAGUCGCUAGAGAACCUAGAGUGUACGAGACCGCUGGAGGCGCUGGCGUACAAGAAACUAUGGAGUAUUGCAUGGACUUAUUAGAAAAGAUCAACGAGGGCGUGACCAAUUAUUUGGAGAAAAAACGAUUGUUCUUUCCGAGAUUCUUCUUUCUAUCUAACGAUGAAAUGCUCGAAAUCCUUUCUGAAACGAAAGAACCUCAUAAAGUCCAGCCGCAUUUGAAAAAAUGCUUCGAAGCCAUUAAUACUCUUCAGUUUAACGAAAAAAUGGAUAUUUUAGCCAUGUUCAGCUGUGAAGGCGAAAAAAUAAAUCUUAAAAGCAUCGUGUCCACCAGAGACGCGGGCGGUAGCGUCGAAAUAUGGCUGCUUCAAGUCGAAGAGCAAAUGUUGACGUCCGUUUUGGAUCAAAUACUAAGAAGUUACAAAAACUACAUUAUCAUACCUAGAACGCAAUGGAUUCAAAAAUGGCCGGGGCAAAUUGUCAUAUGCGUUUCGCAGAUGUUCUGGACGAAUUACGUACAUUUAUCUCUUAAUCGUGAACAAGGAAUGACAAUUCCGAUUUACUUAGAUAUGCUUAGAGAACAACUAGGUGAUAUAGUCAGUUUGAUCAGAGACCCUUCGUUAACCAACCUAUCGAGAAUCACUAUAAAGGCGUUGAUCGUCAUCGAUGUACAUGCUAAAGACGUUGUCGAAGAACUUAACAAGAAACAUGUCGAUAACGAUAAAGAGUUCAAAUGGCUUUCCCAGAUGCGAUAUUAUUGCGAAGACGAUGAACCAUUUGUCAGGAUCAUUAAUGCUACCGUGAAAUAUUCCUGUGAAUAUCUAGGCAACUCGGAUAGAUUGGUGAUAACACCUCUGACAGACAGAUGUUACCGGACUCUAAUAGGAGCUUUCCAUCUUCAUCUGAACGGUGCUCCAGAAGGUCCAGCUGGAACUGGAAAGACUGAAACCACUAAAGACUUGGCGAAAGCCAUAGCUGUACAAUGCGUCGUCUUCAACUGUUCAGAUGGAUUAGAUUACAAGGCCAUGGGAAAGUUUUUCAAAGGAAUGGCUUCCAGUGGCGCAUGGGUUUGCUUCGAUGAAUUUAACAGAAUAGACAUUGAAGUGUUAUCCGUAGUCGCCCAACAGAUUCUGCUGAUUGUUCAAGCCGUCAGAGCGCACGCCGAGAAAUUCAACUUCGAAGGAACCGAAAUUAAAUUGAAUCCCACUUGCUACGUAUGCAUCACGAUGAACCCGGGAUAUGCGGGAAGAUCCGAAUUGCCAGAUAACUUAAAGGUGCUGUUCCGAACAGUCGCCAUGAUGGUUCCGGAUUAUGCUUUAAUUGGAGAGAUAUCUCUAUAUUCGUAUGGAUUUUUAGACGCCAGAAAUUUGUCUGUCAAAAUCGUUACAGUCUACAGGUUGUGUUCUGAGCAGUUAUCUUCUCAGAAUCAUUACGAUUAUGGUAUGAGAGCGGUAAAAUCUGUCCUAUCAGCCGCUGGCAACAAUAAGCGAAAAUUCCCCGACGAAAUAGAAGAUAUUUUACUCCUACGGGCUAUCCUAGAUGUCAAUUUACCUAAGUUUUUAAACCAAGACUUGCCUUUAUUCGAUGGCAUCAUUGCGGAUCUGUUUCCGGGUGUCGUUUUACCCCAGGCUGACUAUUCGAAACUGAUUGAAAAUAUGUUGAUCAAUUGCGAAAAAUGGAAUCUCAUUCCCAAAGACUGCAUGAUUACUAAAGUGAUACAAACGUACGAAAUGAUGAUAGUCAGAUGGGGUUUUAUGAUUGUUGGAUAUCCUCUUGCUGGAAAAAGUUCUAUAUUGAAUGUUUUAGCUGAUACACUCACUUUGAUGAACGCCAAAGGUCUCGGCGAAGAGAAGGUAGAAACCGUAAUCCUCAACCCAAAAGCAAUCAGCAUGGGUCAGCUAUACGGCCAAUUCGAUCUGAUAUCGUACGAAUGGUUCGACGGCGUCAUAGCAGUUUGUUUCAGAAAUUUUGCCACCGAUACCAGCCCGAACAGGAAGUGGAUGAUAUUCGAUGGUCCGGUGGACGCCGUAUGGAUCGAAAACAUGAACAGUGUAUUAGAUGAUAAUCGGAAAUUGUGUUUGAUGUCCGGUGAAGUUAUGUCAAUGAACAGUACACAAUCGCUUAUAUUUGAAGUGAUGGAUUUGGAACAAGCGUCUCCUGCAACGGUGUCUAGAUGCGGAAUGAUAUACAUGGAGCCCUCGACUUUAGGAUGGCGUCCGUUUUUCGAUGCUUGGUUGCCCACUUGCAAUCCCGCUUGGAUGUCGGGAAACCGCGAGUUCGUUAUAAGGGAAGUAUUCGAUUGGAUCGUGAAUCCCUGUUUGGAUUUCAUACGAAAACAUUGUGUACAAUUUUGUCAACCGGGCGAAAUCAGUCAAGUGCUGAACAUGAUGAGCAUGCUGGAAAUGCAGAUGAACGAUGCUUGUGGUGCCGCACCCGAAGCUGAUAAGUAUUACGAUGGAUGGGUGCAAGUAGCGCUUAUUAUAGCUGGUGUUUGGGGCUUAGGUUCAGUCCUAGACGCCGAUUCGAGAGAUAAAUUUGACGAAUUUUACCGAGCGCUGUGGUUGGGGGAAAUCCCGCAUCAUCCAACUCCAGAAAUACUGGGAAACAAAGAUAUUUUCAUGCCUGCUCCAGAAGGUUUGAUUAUGGACUACCAAUUUUUUUUUAGAUCGAAAGGUAACUGGAAAUAUUUACCUGACGUAGUAAAGAAUCAACGAGUAGAUGAGUGCACAAGUAUUAUGCAAACGAUUAUUCCUACAAUAGAUACGAUGCGGUACAUGGCUCUUCUGAACAUGCACAUUCGACACGGCAACAAGUGCCUCUUGAUGGGCCCCACCGGUACGGGUAAAUCCUUCUACACCGUAGACAUGUUGAUGAACAGAUUGGACAAAGAAAAAUUCGAACCGGCGUUCAUUACUUUUACGGCGCAAAUCAGUUGCAAUCAGUUGCAGGAUCUCGUUAUAUCGAAAUUGCAAAAGAGAAGAAGAGCUCGAUAUGGGGCACCGAAAGGAAAAGUGUCCGUCAUUUUUAUCGACGAUGUUAACAUGCCGAUGAAGGAGAUAUACGGUGCACAGCCACCUUUGGAGCUACUUCGGCAGUUCUUUGAUCAUAAAAAUUGGUACGAUUUAAAAACCACCGAACCAAUUUACUUAUACGACAUCCUAUUUAUCGGAGCCAUGGGUCUAGUAGGAGGCAGCAGACAAGACAUAUACCCGAGAUUCUUAAGACAUUUCAAUAUAUUUUCAAUAAACGAAUUCAGUACGGAAAGUAUGGCGAAAAUAUACUCGAACAUUUUGCUACUAGGUUGGAAAUCAAACGGAUUUCCCUCGGACGUUAUAAAUCAAGUAACGCCGGUAAUAAACGCCAGCUUGGACAUGUAUAGGGCUGCUUUGUUGAAUCUUAGACCCACGCCGUCGAAGAGCCACUACGUUUUCAAUUUGAGAGAUUUUUCUAGAUUGGUUCAAGGAUGUUCGUUAUUGAGAAGAGAAUCAGUGGAUAAUAAAAAAAUAUUCCCCAAGAUUUGGAUACACGAAGUAAUGAGAAUCUUCUACGAUAGGUUAAUCGAAGACAAAGACAGAAAAUGGGUGUAUGACAAGUUGAGGACGGCCGUUAAAACGAAUUUUAGAGAAGAAUUUGACGCUACUUUAGACUCCCUUCCACAUGAUGAAGAAACAGGUUACGUACCCAUAACUUCGAUGAAAAACCUCAUUUUUGGCACGUUUUUCGACCAAGACACCGAAGGCGAUGAAAAGAAAUACGAAGAAGUUCUCUCAGUCGAAUUGUUGAGGGAUCUGGCGGAACGUGCAUUGAUCGAAUACAAUGCAACUCACAAAGCUACUAUGGACAUUGUUCUAUUCGAUUACGCUAUCGAACAUCUUGGAAAAAUCUGCAGGGUACUAUCUAUGAAAUGCGGUUGUGCUUUACUGGUUGGCAUUAGUGGAUCGGGAAGGCAAUCUCUAACUCGUCUCGCAGGAGAAAUGUAUACGAACAUGGUGUAUCAACCAGAAAUAACAAAAAGUUACUCCCUUAACGAUUGGCGGGACGACAUCAAGAAAAUUCUUCGAGAAGCUGGUGGUAUGGGAAGAGAUGCAGUUUUCUUGUUAUCCGAAGGUUCGAUAAAAGAAGAGCAUUACUUGCAAGAUAUCGAUUGUCUUCUGAAUUCUGGUGAGGUGCCCAAUAUGUACGCUAUGGAUGAGAAACAAGAACUGAUGGAUAUGGUACGAUUGGCAGCACAAGGCGGGAAUAGAAACUUGGAAAUCGACGCUUUAGAGGUAUUUUUCUUCUUUACGAAUCGCUGCAAAGAAAGAUUGCACAUCGUAAUUUGCUUCAGUCCCGUUGGCGCCACGUUUCGCAACAGGCUAAGGCUGUACCCGGCCUUAAUAAAUUGCUGUACGAUCGACUGGUUCGAAGAUUGGCCAGAAGAAGCCUUGGAACAAGUAGCGCAAAAUUGGAUGAAGGAUAUUAACCUCACAGAGGAAAUCAGAAGUGUCGCUACUAUUGCCUGCAAAUAUUUCCACGUGGAAGCGAGAAAAGCAUCGGCAGCAUUUUAUGCUGAAUACAGCAGAAUGACUUACGUAACGUCAGCUUCCUACCUGGAGUUAAUUAAGUCUUUUACUGACUUAACUAACCUGAAACAAAACGAACUUAUGACUGCUAAAGGCAGAUAUGUAGGCGGAUUGGAAAAGUUGUAUUAUGCUGCUGUCAGCAUAGGUGAAAUGCAAGAAUCGUUGAACGCUCUCAAGCCUAUAUUGUUCGAGUUAAGUAAACAGGCUGAACAAAUGUUGAUAAAAAUCGAAGAAGAAACGUUAGCCGUUGAAAGGGCUUCGGCGUUAGUAAAGCAAGACGAAAAAGUGGUAAACAAACAAGCAGCUGCUGCUCAAGCUCUUAAAACCGAAUGCGAAGCUGAUUUAGCCGAAGCUUUGCCUAUUUUAGAAGAGGCAUCUGCUGCUUUAGACAUAUUGAAACCAUCAGAUAUAGUAUUAGUGAAAUCCAUGAAAAAUCCACCAGACGUGAUCAAAUUAGUUAUGGCGGCCGUGUGCAUCAUGAAAGGUGUCAAACCUGACAGGUUACUUGAUCCGACUACCGGCAAGAUGAUAAAUGAUUUCUGGGGACCAAGUAAAAAAAUGUUGGGAGAAUACAGUUUUCUGCAAUCUUUGAAGGAUUACGACAAAGAUAACAUAAGACCCGAGGCUAUUGCUAAAAUUAGGAAGGAAUAUAUCACGCACAAGGAUUUCAAACCUCAUAUCGUUGCCAAAGCCUCCAGUGCUGCUGAGGGUCUAUGCAAAUGGAUCAUCGCAAUGGACAUGUACGAACGCGUAUUCAAGAUCGUCGGUCCCAAAAAAGCCGCUUUGGUAGCUGCAGAAGAAGAAUUCACCACCAUGAUGUCGAUGUUGGUAGAAAAAAGAGAACAAGUCGCGAAAUUGGAAGAACGUUUAGCCGAUUUGAUGCAGCAAUUGGAGAACGCCAUUUUGAAGAAAGAACAACUAGAAGCAGAGGUCGAAUUGUGUAAUAAUAAAUUAAUACGAGCCAAAAAAUUGAUUGGUGGUCUUGGUGGUGAAAAAACAAGAUGGGGAGCAGCAGCUGACGCCCUUCAAUUACAAUAUGAUGGUCUAGCUGGGGAUAUUUUACUAGCUUGUGGAAUCAUAUCCUAUUUGGCUCCAUUCAACAGCACUUUUCGAGUAAGAUUGGUCGAAGACUGGCACAAUUAUUUAAAGAAUCUGAACAUACCAACAGCUGAGGUAUUUGAUAUGAUCGUGUGUUUGGGAUCGGAAGUUACUAUCCAAUAUUGGAACGUAAACGGACUUCCUCUGGAUGCUUUUUCAGUUGAAAAUGGAAUUAUCAUGGACAACUCGAGAAGAUGGUCGCUCUUCGUCGAUCCUCAAGUUCAAGCAGCCAAUUGGAUAAGGAAGAUGGAGAAAAAGAACAAUCUUGAGGUUCUAAAAUUUUCUUUUCCGGAUUAUAUGAAACGAUUAGAAUACUGCAUCCCGCUAGGCUAUCCGGUUUUGAUAGAGAAUAUCGAAGAGAUUUUAGAAGCUCCAUUAGAUCCUUUGUUGUACAAACAAACGUUCAAGCAAGGCGGAGGAUUACUUAUACAGCUUGGGGAGAACGUUAUAGAAUACCAUAAGAAUUUCAAGCUUUAUUUAACUUCUAAAAUGAGGAAUCCGCAUUAUUUGCCGGAAAUUUUCAACAAGGUUACAAUUAUAAAUUUUGCUCUAACUCUAACAGGAUUACAAGAUCAACUGCUAGGUAUCGUGGUGGCAGUCGAAAAACCCGAUUUACAACAACUAAAAGAGGAAUUGACAGUACAAAAAGCUGACAAUAAGAAAGCUCUGAAAGAAACUGAAGAUAUGAUUUUAAAAACCUUAGCAGACUCCAAAGGCGAUAUCUUAGAAGAUGAAAAAGCUAUUAGAAUACUAGACGAUUCAAAGAUUUUGGUACUCGAAAUCAUGGAGAAACAACAAAUGGCAUUGAAGAUCGAAAAAUCCAUCGAGGAAUUCAGAGAAAAAUAUAAAGGAGUGUCUUCUCAUUCGGCUGUUUUGUAUUAUUGCAUCGCUGAUUUGGCUAACGUGGAUCCGAUGUAUCAAUAUUCCUUAGAAUGGUUCAUAAAUUUAUACAUCGGAUCGAUUCAGAGGGCAGAAAAAUUUAAGAUCAUUGAAAAACGUUGUCAGUGUCUUAUCAACGCAUUCACCUACGAUUUGUACAAUAACAUUGCGAGAUCUCUUUUCGAAAAAGACAAAUUGCUGUUCUCAUUUCUGCUGUGCACCAAAAUCUUGAUUGCGCAAAAUAAAUUGGAUGAGAAAGAAUUUCUAUUUUUACUUACAGGCGUCGGGCCCGAAAUCCACGCUCCAAAUCCUUGUCCUGACUGGCUACCCGACAAAUCUUGGGACGAAAUGGGUAAAGUGGAAUGCCUGAAAGCAUUCGAUGGUUUCCAUAAAAAAUUUUUACUCAACGUCAAAGAUUGGAAGCGAAUCUACGACGAUUUUAACGAACAAUUUGACAUACCGUCCGUUUGGCGUAACUCCAUUACGAGUUUCCGAAGACUGAUUUUAGUUAGAUUGUUGCGACCGGACAAACUGAUCAAUUGCAUAACCAUAUUCGUCAAAAAUGAAAUGGACGAGCGGUUUAUUAAACCGCCACCUUUUAAUAUAUCCGUGUCGUUCGACGACUCGUAUUGCUUGAGUCCAUUGAUUUUCAUAUUGUCACCCGGGAUUGAUCCGAUGUCAUCUUUAUUGAAAUUUGCCGAGGAUAAGAAGAUGGUUGAGAGGUUUAAAUCGACUUCACUCGGACAAGGUCAGGGUCCAAUAGCUUUAGCCAUGAUAGAAGAAGGCCAGGAAUACGGCAUGUGGAUAUGUUUACAAAACUGUCACUUAUCGACGUCAUGGAUGCCGACGCUGGAAAAAAUAUUCGACAAUUUGGAUUUCGGUAACACGCAUCCGGAAUUUAGGUUAUGGCUGACCAGUUACCCGUCGAACAAAUUCCCGGCGAUUUUGCUGCAAAGAGGCGUCAAGAUGACUAACGAGCCUCCAACGGGAUUGCAAAACAAUUUGCUUAAAUCGUACAUCAGCGAUCCCGUGAAAAAUCCCGAUUUCUAUAAAGGUUGUCCCGAGCACGAGGAGAUGUUCGUGAGGUUGUUGUACGGGCUGUCAUUUUUCCAUGCUAAUAUACAGGAGAGGAGGACUUUUGGACCGCUGGGCUGGAAUAUACCAUACGGUUUCAAUGACUCCGACUUCGACAUAUCGGUACAACAAGUCCAAAUGUUCAUAAACGAAAGCGAAGAUCCCUACGAAGCUUUGACGUAUUUGAUAGGAGAAUGCAACUACGGCGGUAGAGUGACAGACGAUUGGGACAGAAGACUGAUAGUAACAAUUUUGGCGGAUUAUAUCAAUCCUCGAGUGGUGUUGGAUAAGAAUUUUGCCUUCAGCAGUGCCGGUACUUGCUACGGUUUACCAGAAAGGAACGAUUACAAGGCUUAUAUAGAACAUAUAUCGUCUUUACCUGCUGUACAUCCGCCAGAAGUAUUCGGAUUGCAUACGAAUGCUGGUAUUACCAGAGAUCUACAAAAUUCCAACCUCCUAUUGAACUCAUUACUAAAAGCGUAUGGAGAUGUUUCUUCCUCUGGCGUUGGAGAAACAGAUAAAAUGUUAAUGGGUAUGUGUACGGAGAUCCUGGGACGAUUACCGCCACUGUUCGAUAUGGAAGCCGCCAUUAAAAAGUUUCCCGUGGAAUAUGCUGAAUCCAUGAACACUGUGCUAGUACAGGAAAUGGAACGAUUUAACAAACUAUUGAAAGUUAUUACCAUGACUUUGGUUAAUAUGCAGAAAGCUAUUCAAGGUUUGGUUGCAAUGAAUCCCACAUUCGAAGCGUUUGCUUCUUCCCUCCUUCUAAGCAGAAUUCCAGCUCUUUGGUUACCGGUUUCCUAUCCUAGUUUGAAAAAUCUUCCAAGCUACAUCAACGAUUUUAUUGGUCGGCUUGAUUUUCUACAAAGAUGGUUCAAAAUAGGUAAACCGCAGAACUACUGGGUAUCCGGAUUUUUCUUCACGCAAGCAUUUUUGACGGGAGUCAAGCAAAAUUACGCCAGAAGGAAUACGAUAGCUAUUGAUAAGUUGACAUUCGAUUUCGAGAUAAUGUCGCAAGAUAUGUACGAACAUGCUCCAGUCGAGGGGGCCUACAUUUAUGGAUUGUUCAGCGACGGUGCCAGAUGGGACAGAGAAGUUGGGCUUUUAGCGGAACUUCAUCCUAAAAUACUGUACGACGUUGUGCCGGCUAUUUGGCUGAAACCGAUACUGGGCGUUGACUAUGAUCCAGGCACCAGAUAUCUUUCUCCAGUAUACAAAACGUCAGAAAGAAGAGGUACACUGUCGACCACAGGCCACUCCACCAACUACGUGUUACCGAUUCUAUUGGACACAGAUAAAGAAAUAGCUCACUGGGUCAAACGAAGUGUCGCAUGUCUUUGUCAAUUGAAUUAAAAACGACUUUGUAUAUUCACAUACAUUUUUAUUUAGUUAUUAAAUAUUGUACAGUACAUA